GAUGGCCGAAGGUGGGUUUGAGUUGACAGGGUGGGAGUGUAGCAAGAUAGAAAUGUGUCGAUGAUAAAUAUCAACGAUGCAAGUCGUUUCUAUCGAUUUUUCUCAAGUUAUAGGAAAAAUGUUCGAAUGAUUGCUUGGAUGUUGCGGUUUGUAUGUAACUGUAGAUAUCCUGAUAUUUUACGUGAAAAAUAUUGGGUGAUUGGAGGACGAAAAGCAAUUCGAACUAUCGUGAACGAUUGUGUUAUCUGCAAAAGAUACACUGCAAAAUGUGCGGAAGAGAAAGCCCCGCCUUUACCCACAAAUUGUGUGAAAGAUGCUGUUUGUUUUGAGGUUGUUGGAGUGGAUUUGGCCGGUCCAUUGUAUUUACGCGAUGGAGGAAAAACCUGGAUAUGUUUGUUCACGUGUGCUAUUUAUCGAGCGGUUCAUUUAAAGUUGGUGGAUUCGUUAUCGACGGCAACAUUCAUAAGGGCUUUGAGAAGAUUUAUUGCUAGAAGGGGUAGACCAUAUGUGAUCUAUUCAGACAAUGGGACAAAUUUUGUCGGAACAGAAAAUCUGUUUUCUAAAUUAAAUUGGGUAGAAGUAUCAAAUUUCGGCACAGCACAGAAGAUCAAAUGGUGUUUCAAUCCGCCGUCUGCACCAUGGUGGGGAGGUUGGUGGGAACGCCUUAUAGGACUGCUCAAACAACUGUUAAAGAAAGUGCUGGGAAAAGCUAAAUUGACACAAGACGAACUGUAUACUGUUUUAUGUGAUUGUGAGUCUGUCGUAAAUUCGCGACCAUUAACAUUUCUCUCGGAGCAAACGGAGGACUUAAUUACUCUAUCGCCGGUAGUGUUCUUGCGCGAUCUUAGAGAAAGUGGUGUACCGGACUUGGAUACCGUGGAUAGAAACGCGUUAAACAGACGGUAUCGAUAUUUGCAAAAGUUACGUGACGAUUUGCGCAAAAGAUUUCGGUCGGAAUACCUAGGACAGUUACGACAAACGCGAUUCGUGAAAAAUCCGCGAAACGUGAGCUUGAACGAAGUGGUUUUAAUUGGAAAUGACAAUUCGAAACGGCUUGACUGGAUCAUGGGACGGGUUAUUGAACUGAUACCUGGUAUCGAUGGAAAGGUGCGACUAGUGAAACUCCACACUCCAUAUGGAUAAGUUAUUCGUUCACUUCAGAGACUCUAUCCCUUAGAGUGCACGAGUCAAGAUUCAGAAGAGCAACCACUCCCCUUAUUGACGUCGGAGCCAGCAUCGGUUGAAGAAGAUAGUGAUAAGUGCGAGAGUGACGCUGUUCGGAAAACGCGAUGUAGGCGCGAGGUCAAAUUACCUAUGAGAUUUUGUGAGUAAGUGUCUCAGGUGGGAGAAUGUUGAUGAUUUGGAACGUUUAAGUUUUUAUUUUUAAAAGAAUGGGUUUUGCAAUCCAAAACGCAAAAUAGUUGUUCGUUCGUUAGCAACAGUGUCAUAGCGACACAAAAAAAAGAUUAUUAAUAAAUAUUAGUUUUGUCAUAUAA